CGCGACUAUUACUGAAUUGAGGUUGUUCCAUGAAUCGUGAAAUCAACACUGGAAAAAAAAGAAAGAAAAAAAGAAAGGCAAUCCUUACCCGACCAAACACUCCCAGAUAUUCACGGAACGAUAGGAUACUACUCGAUUUCAGAAAAAACUAUUUUCGUAUUCGAGCGCCUUCACAAUGCCUCAUUCCGAAUCACCACCAGAGUCAGAGAACUCGCCGAUACCCAUGGCCAAUGUCGACCAAGAGCAAGAGGAUGCCGUUGCUGAGAGCACAACGGCCCAAGUUCCGGAAGCCCAACAGCCAGCAGACGAAGACGUUGACAUGGCAGACUCCAAUGCAGUCCUAUCCGCCCCGACAAAUGGCACAACUCAUAUCUCAGAGUCAAAGGCUGAAAGUCAAGCCGAGACGCCAAACAAUCAGGAUACCCCAGUACCAGAGGCUGCCACGGGUGCGCCGAGCGAGAGCAAACCGGCAACAGGAGUGAAGCUCGAAGAGCUGUUUGAUGAGAUGGACUCUGACGAUGACGAGUUCCCUACUACCAAGGCAGCAAAGAGGGAGCCAGCAAGCUCGCCCGAUCUGCUCUCCUCGCAAAGUGACAUGGAGAUUGAUCUCCACGAAGCCUCAGAUCCCGAAGUCAUGCGCACAUUCUACCAGCGCCUCUUCCCAUGGCGAUACCUGUUCCAGUGGCUUAACCACAGCCCAACACCCACCAACGAUUUCGGCCAUCGUGAAUUCGCCUUUACGUUGCAGAACGACGCAUACCUACGAUACCAAUCCUUCACCACCUCGGAUCUACUCCGUAAAGAUGUCCUCCGCCUCAUGCCCUCGCGUUUCGAAAUUGGUCCCGUCUACACAGCCAACCCCCGCGAUCGCAAAACGCUACGGAACUCGUCAGCUUUCCGGCCCCUGUCCAAGGAACUCUGCUUCGAUAUCGAUCUGACAGACUACGAUGACAUCCGUACUUGCUGCGACAAAGCCAACAUAUGCCAAAAGUGCUGGCAAUUCAUCACCAUGGCCAUCAAGGUCGUCGACACGGCUCUGCGCGAGGACUUUGGCUUCAAGCACAUCAUGUGGGUAUACUCGGGUCGUCGCGGUGCUCACGCAUGGGUAUGCGACAAGAGUGCGCGGGCGCUAGACGACCAGAAGCGACGCGCCAUCGCCGGCUACCUCGAAGUCAUCCGGGGCGGCGCGCAAAGCGGCAAGAAAGUCAACCUCCGCCGGCCGCUGCACCCGCACUUGGUCCGCUCCCUCGACAUCCUCAAGCAGCAUUUUCAGUCGGACGUGCUUGAGGCCCAAGACCCCUGGCGCACCGAGGACCAGCAAGAGAAGCUCCUCGCCCUUUUACCUUCGGAUCAGAAGCAACUCGUGUCCGCCCUGCGCAACAAGUGGGCUUCAUCGCCCGACCGGCCGUCCACCCUGAAAUGGGCCGACAUCGACAGCGUGGCCAAGACGUCCACUGCCAAAAACUUUGACACCAAGUCCCUCCUGGACGCCAAGCAGGAUAUUGUGCUCGAGUACACGUACCCGCGCCUUGAUAUCGAAGUGUCCAAGAAACUCAAUCAUUUGCUCAAGUCUCCCUUUGUCGUGCACCCGGGCACAGGGAGGGUGUGUGUGCCGAUUGAUGUGAAGAGGGGAUUAGAGAGUUUUGAUCCGCUGGGGGUGCCGACGGUGCAGAGUCUGAUUAGGGAGAUUGACGAGUGGAAGAAGCCAGAACCAAAAGAAGGGCGCCAGGAGCAGGAGGUGGAGAAGCAUGUGGUGGAUUGGGAGAAGACGAGUCUGAAGGGCUAUAUUGAGUUUUUCAGAAGCUUCGUGAUUGGGUUGAUGAAGGAUGAGAGGGAGGUUAAGGUGAAGAGGGAACGAGAGGAGGAAGGAGGAGGAGGAGGAGGAGGUGAGAGUAUGGAGUUUUGAUGGGUGGAUUGAAAAUAAAGUCGGAAUAGGGGAAACAUAGAAGGCUUGGGUCAAAUGUUUGUGCAUCUUGUGAUGUAAGGGGUCAUUGGCGUUGUAUGGUAAGGACUGGAUAUCGUUUGCAGGCCAAGGUUUAGCAGGUCUACGGCUGGCUUGAACAUGGGAACAUCAUGUCCCUUUUUGAUAACUGAGAAGGGUAUUUGUUUGGCGGCUCAAAAUAAUUGGGUAUAUAUGCCCUGUGAUGCACCCGCCAUCCUAAACCAUACAACGGCCAUCUAAUCUGCCACUGGAUGUUAUGGGGGAUCUUCACUGGACUUUUCCUACAGAGCAAAGAGCCGUCAUC